AUGGAGGUUUUCUCUAGCAGACUUUUCAUCUUAACCAUCUCGAGCAUCUGGCACAAUGACAAUAAGACCUUCCUGGUGUGGAUCAACGAGGAAGACCACCUGCGGGUCAUCUCCAUGCAGAAAGGGGGCAACAUGAAGGAGGUGUUCACUCGGUUCUGCAACGGCCUCACCCAGAUUGAAACACUUUUCAAGUCAAAGAAUUACGAAUUCAUGUGGAACCCUCACCUGGGCUACAUCCUCACCUGCCCAUCCAACCUGGGCACAGGCCUGCGGGCAGGUGUGCACAUCAAGCUGCCCCACCUGGGCAAGCAUGAGAAGUUCCCGGAGGUGCUCAAGCGGCUGCGGCUUCAGAAACGAGGCACAGGUGGUGUGGACACAGCCGCGGUGGGUGGCGUCUUUGAUGUCUCCAACGCAGACCGCCUGGGCUUCUCAGAGGUGGAGCUGGUACAGAUGGUGGUGGAUGGCGUGAAGCUGCUCAUCGAGAUGGAGCAGCGGCUGGAGCAGGGCCAGGCCAUCGAUGACCUCGUGCCUGCCCAGAAGUGAGGCCCCAGCCCGCACCUGCCACCACCACCAGCCCCGCUGCUUCCUAACUUAUUGCCCGGGCAGUGCCCGCCAUGCACCCCUCUGACGUUCGCCACUUGGCGGCUGAGCCCUUAGCCUCGCUGUAGAGACUUCUGUCGCCCUUGGUAGAGUUUAUUUUUGUGAUGGCUAAGAUGUUGCUGAUGCUGAAAUAAACUAGGGGUUCGGCCUGCUACCAGUC